UGAUUGAUGUUGCUAUGUUACUAGUAUUUGAAGUAAUUAAAAAAAAAAUCGCUGGCAGCCUUAGGUUCUUCAGUCGAUUCCGUUCACACCAUGAAAUGACGUGAAGCAGGUCCAGAUUUUAAUUUGAAAGUUACAAUAUAUACAGCCUACACCUCUCACAGCCAGGCAGUGCAUAAGAACCAAUGGAUGCAUCGAGAAAUUACCCUCUGCAGUUCCCAAAUCAGUUUGAACUAUAUGAUUUCAUUGAUGAUCCGAAUUUUGAUCAGUUCAUCAAUCUGAUUCGUGGUGAAAGUAAAGAUGCAGGCGUCGGUUAUGAUUGCGAUCUUAUCAAUGGUAGUUUUGUUGAGGAUAAGCAGAUUAGUUCCACACCUGGGGAUACUUUUUGCCUUGAUGCUUCAAGCACCAUUGUGCCGGAUCCUAACUAUGUUUUCGAUCCAUUGCCAAGUACUUUUUAUGGAGAAAUGAUGAAGGAUGGUGAGGAUGAUAACGACGAGGAAAACUCUUCCGGGACAACCACCGCAACCACCCCCACAACACCAACAGCCACAAAGAAACCAAGGGUUGAUCGGUCGAGAACUUUGAUCUCGGAACGACGGAGGAGGGGUCGGAUGAAGGAGAAGCUCUAUGCAUUGCGUUCCCUGGUUCCUAACAUAACAAAGAUGGAUAAGGCUUCGAUUAUUGGAGAUGCCGUAUUGUAUGUGCAAGACCUGCAAAUGCAGGCUAAGAAACUAAAAGCUGAGAUUGCGGGUCUUGAAGCAACAUUGGCAGGAUCCGAAAGGUACCAAGAAUCAAUUGAAAACCCUGUUAAGAUUCGAGUUGCAAGAAACAACAGCCACCCAGUUUGCAAGAAGAUAAUGCAGUUGAAUAUGUUUCAAGUGGAGGAAAGAGAGUUUUACAUUAGAUUGAUAUGCAACAAAGGUGAAGGGGUUGCAAUAUCACUUUACAACGCCCUUGAGUCCCUCACUAACUUCAAAGUUCUGAAUUCCAAUUUGGCCACUGUUUCUGACAGAUUUGUAUUAACAUUUACUCUAAAUAUGAGAGAUUGUGAGCAGUCAAUGAACUUGCCAAACCUGAAGUUAUGGGUGUGCGGGGCUCUUCUGAACCAAGGAUUUGAGUUUAUAACACCUUUAUCUUCCUAAUCUGUCUCGUCAGUGCCUGUUAAUGAUGCUUGUUCUUCAUCGACAAUGAAGUCCCAUAACUGUUAGUUUGUUAUGUAAUAGUUCUAUAUUCUUGAAUACUCGAGGUUGAACUUGAUUAGCGAAACCAAGACUCUAAUACUCUUCCAAUAGACUACACGGGUUGCAAGAACAAA